CUGCGGUGAGACGCACCACAGGGACUGUCAACACCAUGGCUGCUAAGGUCGCCUUCUGGCUGGCCUUAAUAAGCCUCCUAAAUUUAGGUAAAGGCUUAUCCACGAGUCGUAAGAGGCCUUUGGUUGGUGCUGUGGACCUAAGUAAAGUAGACCUAAGUCACCACUACCACUACGAGGAGGUGGAGGCGCUGAGCAAGGCCCUGGCCAGCCAGCACCCCGAGCUGGUGCAGCACUACAGUGUGGGCAAGUCUGUGCAGGGACGAGACCUGCUGGUGAUUAAGAUCAGCGAGAAUGUAGCUCAGCGUGGCGAGUGUGAGCCCAUGGUGAAGUAUGUGGCCAACAUGCACGGUGACGAGACCGUGGGGCGCGCCUUGGUGGUGGCCUUGGCCCAGUACCUGGUGCUGGCCUACCAGCGGGGCGACCCCAGGGUGGUGAAGCUACUCAACACCACCGAGGUGCAUCUCAUGCCCUCCAUGAACCCAGAUGGCUUCGAGAAGGCGCUGGAAGGAGUCUGUGAUCCAUACGGGCGCUCCGGCAGAGAAAAUGCCCACAAUGUUGACCUCAACAGAAACUUUCCAUCACAGUGGAAAAAAUUGACAGAAGAGUAUUUGUAUUCCAACCGUGAACCGGAGACACUGGCAGUCAUGGGCUGGAUCCUCCACAACCCCUUUGUUCUUUCUGGGAACCUGCAUGGAGGCUCAGUUGUUGCAAGCUACCCUUUUGAUGACACUCCUGUUCACCAAGAUUGCUGUUUGGAAAGCAAGACUCCUGAUGAGAAGCUGUUCCACCACCUAGCAUCAGUGUACGCCUCAAACCACCUCACCAUGUUCAGAGGAAACCUUUGCCCAGGCGACAACUUCCAAGGAGGAGUCACUAAUGGUGCUUUCUGGUAUGAUGUUGAAGGAGGGAUGCAGGAUUUCAACUACAUAUUUGGAUCUUGCUCUGAGGUGACUUUUGAGUUGUCGUGCUGCAAGUAUCCUGCGGCCUCUGAACUCCCUCAAGAAUGGGCCAACAACAAGGAAUCUCUGCUUGCUUUUAUGGAGCAGGUGCAUAUGGGAGUGAAAGGCACUGUGGAAGACGCUGACACUGGCGAGCGACUCAAGGGCAUCUAUGUGAGUGUUGAGGAGAUCCACUAUAAUGUCACCACCUCAGAGCAAGGGGAGUACUGGAGGCUGCUCCUGCCAGGGGAGUACACACUCCUUGCUACAGGCUAUGGGUACGAAGCAGCAAGACAGAAGGUUGUGGUUGUGAACGGCACUGUGUCUCGGGUGGACUUGAAGAUGAAGCGGGAGGCCGCAGCCACAGAGUCACUGCUGACACAGACGCUGCCAAAGACCUCACACACCACCACACCACCACCACCACCGGCAACAGUAGAGUCUGAGUCAGAAACAAGCACCACCACUGAAGAUGAAACCACCACCACCACCACCACUACUACUACCACCACCACCACUACCACAUCCCGGCCUCGCCGUCCAGAAGAUGAAGGCUUCCUCACACCACCAGUAUUUAAGUAUCAUCACUACCCUGACCUGGAAGCCUUCAUGAAGAAACUGUCCCAGAGCUAUCCUAACCUCACUCGCCUUUACUCCAUUGGGACAAGUGUGCAAGGCCGAGAGCUGUUUGUCUUGGAGAUCUCAGACAACCCUGGCAUCCACGAACCGGGUGAGCCAGAGUUCAAAUACAUAGGAAACAUGCACGGGAAUGAAGCCAUUGGGCGUGAGGUGCUGGUGCUCCUGAUGCAGUACUUGCUGGAUGGCUAUGGCAGGGAUCCACGCAUCACCAACCUUGUCAACACCACCAGGAUUCACAUUCUGCCCACCAUGAACCCAGAUGGCUUUGAAGCUUCUGAAGAAGGUGAUUGUAAUGGAGUUCUCGGUAGGAGUAAUGCCAAUAAUGCUGACCUGAACCGAGAUUUUCCUACUCACUACGUAAUGGAAAAGGAGGAUUUCAAGAGACAGCCUGAGACUUUGGCUGUGAUGGAGUGGGUGAAGCAGUACCCGUUUGUGCUGUCUGCCAACCUUCACGGCGGCUCCCUGGUGGCCAACUACCCCUGGGACAGCAACCCUCAGCAGAAAAGUGGGGAGUACAGUAGGAGUCCUGAUGACGAGGUGUUCCAGAAGCUAGCUAAAUCAUAUUCCUUUGCUCAUCCUUUCAUGGUAAAGGGAACACCAUGUGGUUCCAGGAUCAUUAUGUUCAAGGAUGGCAUCACCAAUGGUGCCAUGUGGUACAGUGUGUCUGGAGGCAUGCAGGACUGGAACUACUUGAACUCAAACUGUUUUGAGAUCACCGUGGAAGUGGCUUGCUGCAAGUACCCUCUCGUGGAGGACCUGCCAAGGUACUGGAUGGAAAACAAGAAGUCUCUGCUGGCAUACAUGGAGCAGGUGCACACUGGAGUGAGUGGCUUUGUCUUGGAUGUGAAUGGUGCACCGAUCAGCAAUGCCACCAUCUCUGUUAAUGGCAUCCCUCAUGACGUCACCUCUGCUGCUGACGGUGACUACUGGAGGCUGCUUGUACCAGGGAAGCACUUCAUCACAGUCUAUGCUGACGGGUAUGAGGCAGAGGACAGAAUGGUGGAGGUGCCGCACCUUUGGGCCGUCAAGGAAAACUUCACGCUGAAGGCGGACAACUCGGCUGUGUGGUCAGAGCAGGAAGACUUUGGUCUGAAUGAAAAUCUUGGUCAGAAAUAUCUCAGCAAUUCAGAAAUAAAUAUUGCCAUGGGAGACAUUGAAAACCAGCACCCAGAUAUUGCUGAAUUUCUGGCCAAUGAUAAUGAAUGGAGCAUGAAGGUACAUGCUCUCCAGAUGGGCACUGAGAUUGAGAGCGGUGUGGACAAUCGUGUGCGUGUGAUGGUGGUGGGCGGCCUGUAUGGGUCACAACCAGUGGGCCGAGAGAUGGUGGUGCGGCUGGCCCGGCACCUGGCUGCUGGAUGGGCCAAGAAGGACAGGGAGAUGCAGAAGUUGCUCCAGAACACCAGGAUAUUCCUUGUGCCAGCUGUUGAUGUUGAGGGCUUCAACAGUGCUGAACCAGGAAUGUGUGGCUAUAGUGAGAAAGAUGAGCUUCAAAAGGAAGUAGGGGGCUCAUUUUCACCGGAAGUGAGCAAUGGUUAUGCUGCUGCUGUUGUUAAAAUGAUGAGUCAAAUACAACCCCAUGCAGUGUUGUCCCUUGAGUCUGGAGGGAUCUUCAUGAGGUUCCCUCGUGACAAUCCCACAGCAAACCCGCCCACCACGCCACAUGAGAACAUCUUCCAGUUCUUGACGGAAUCCUAUGCCCAGACACACCCCACAAUGCUGCAGAGCACAAACCCGUGCCACAUCCUAGAUCCCCAGGCUCCAUCUGGAGUCCUUCAUGGCCAAGCACUUGGGGUGUACAAGAACUCCCUCUUGGACUAUACCUAUGAAAACAUUCCAGGUGUUCUCACGAUUGCUGCACAUGUGAGCUGUUGUAAUUAUCCUCCUGGGAGGACUCUGAAGACCAUCUGGCAACAAAAUAAAGAUUCCCUGCUGUCUUUCAUUCAUGCUGCUCACCAAGGUGUUGCUGGCCAGAUAGUGGAUGAGCAAGGUGUUCCACUCUCCUCGGCCAAAGUGUUGUUGGAUGGUAAGGCGUUGGUGAUGGAUAGCCAAGCCAUCUUCAGGAAGCUCCUCCCCACUGGCUCUCACUCCCUGCAGAUAUCAUCCCCUGAUCUGGAGAACAAAACGGUGACAUUUGUUGUGGAGGCACACAAGGAAACACCACAGAGUCUGACCCUGGACUCACUGAAGGACCCAGAUGUUGUGUAUCGCUCUUACUAUGCCACAGAAGACUACCUACUCAAGCUGCAGGCAAACUUCUCACAGAUGUCAAACACUUACAGUAUUGGGCGCAGUGUGCAGAACAAACAGAUCAUGGCUCUGGAAAUUGAUGUUGUUCAGGAGAAAAAAAUGGCCAGACCGUCAGUUGCUAUCAUUGGAGGCCUAGGGAAGAGUGACAGAGCUGCCAAGGAAAUUGUUGUCAAAUUCUCCAAGUACUUGCUGUCUCACUACGGUCAGGACGCCACGGUGGACAAGAUCCUCCAGAAUGUGCGUGUUCAUCUUGUGCCCACGCUUAAUCCAGACAGCAUUGCAGAGCUUCCUUCAGCCAAAAAGAAAGAUGAUAAGUGUGACUCACUAAUAAAUACUAAAAAUGCCCACAAUGUAGAACUGGACUCCUGCUUUACAGAAAAUGAGUCUGCAGGAAGUGAGCCACAAGUGCCUGAGAUGAGUGGUGUCCGUGCCUGGGUGAAGGAGCACAGGUUCACCCUGGCGUUAGUCCUGAGGGGAGGCAGCCAGGGAGUGGCUCUGCCUUAUUCUUCAUCACUGCGUCCAUCAAUCCCUCCUGUUGAUCUGGAGAUUUUGCAGCAACUAGGAGCCACUUAUGCCGAAGCUGUCAAGUUCCCUAAGGAAGUGUCUGAGUGUGGAAACCUCACCCUCAUCAAUGGCACAGUUCGUGAUUCCUUGAUCAAGCCACACAAUGGAAGCUUGAUUGAUUAUUUCUACAGUUACUCUGAUACUUUGGCUUUCAAUGUGUAUUAUGGAUGUUGUGGGUCCCCUGAUGCAGCAGCUCUUAGUCGCCUGUGGAGGAAACACAAGCCAGGACUCCUUGAUUUCCUCAGCAUGUUUUCAGUGGGCAUCAAGGGUCAUGUAACAGAUUUGGAAGGUUCCCCUCUGAGUGGAGCCAAGAUCUACAUCAAAGGGUCUGAACACGUGGUGACCUCCGGGGAGCACGGGGCGUGGUGGCGGCCGCUGGCUGUCGGCCCCCACGUUGUCACCGUGGAGAGAGAGAAAUACUACGCCGAGACUAAACUUGUGCAGGUUUUGGGUUCGCAGACAGUCAUGUUUGGACUGAGGAAAGAUGACCGAGUGUUGUCAAUGCCAAGGACGGUGUUUGUGCUUUUUGCAGGUUCUGUAACGCUGUUAUUGAUGGUCUGCUGCCUCUUCACUGCGUCAUUUCGCUCUCGGGCAAACCGAAAAAAAAAAUAUGGAUUUCAGCAAUUAGGUCACUCUGUGGACAUCUUCAAUGACUCUCCCUCUGCAUCAGACGAAGAGUCAGAAGUUAAGUUUCUGAGAGAGAGCACAAGGCCUAAGAUGAAGAAGAAGCGUGUCAACAGGCGUUCCUACCAUGACUUGGUGUCGAGCUCCUCUGAUGAAGAUGAGCUGUUCAUUGAUGCUCUGGCACACAACAAGAAGGCACUACGGUGAUUCUUUACAUUUUCAAACCACAUUGUAACAAUAAUUUUUUUUAUUAGAGUUUUCACCUGGCAUGGUCAAACCUAAUGAACUGUAUUGCUAUUAACCAGGAAAUCAUAUAUAUAUUUUUGCAGCUGAUUAAAUAAAUGCCGUCACAUUUGAUAUUUGGGUCCGUGAUUGAUCUUUUAUCAGUUUUGCUCCAGUAUUCAAUAAGCUUUUCUGCAAUUCAUUUCCUCAAUUACAGUUUGUUGCAUUUGCCAAAAGCAAUUAGACAGCAACAUCUAUUCCAGCCGAUUGCUUGAUGGUCUCUUGUAGUGAAUGACUGUCUAACUUCUCAAUGGAAAGCUGUUGGUGUCUGCCUCUUUUGGUGUGAAGUACAAAAAGCACCUAGAUGAAUGGAAAUGUUCUUCAGACUGGUGUAAAUGAGGAAAGCGGGAGACUCGUGUUGUGAGAUGCAGACUGAUGUAAAUAAGGGAAACAGGAAGGUCAUGUUGUGAGACUGAAGUAUUAGUGAUGAUGGAUGAUUUAGCAACUAGAGUAACUGCUUGCCUUCAUCCUUAAAUAAUUGUAAGUGAAAUGGGAAAGGAUGACUCACUCUCACUCUUACUCUCAUCCUAUUUUUUUUUCUCUCUUCUAUUCCCUCUGCCUCACAUUUCUUACACUAUCUAGCAGGCUUACAUUCCAUACAAAAAUUUCCUUGACUGCCUAUCUACAAUACUUGCUCAGCACAGUGUUGCAUAUUAUUAUUAUUUUUCCUUGAUACAGUCUGGCAUCAUGUCAAGAAGAAAGGUGUAUGGGAAGGAGCCCUCUUAAUGUCCUAUCUUGCUCACAAUGGUAGCUGAUCUCUAUGAUGGUCUCUGCUGAAGCAAGUAAUCACCUCCUUUUUCAUCCUCCUGUAACUAACUCAUGUACACACACACACACACACUCUUCCAAAGGUGAUAUGUAAUGUAAUCUUGGUAACCUGUGACACUUGUCGUUACCUGUGGCAGGGAAAUGGUUAUGAACAUGCUUCCGUAGUUAAUCUUUAAUGCACAAAAAUGUUGUUAGAGCAUAAUAUAUAAACAAGUUGAAAGUUGAGAAUUUAUAUGAAAUGUUAAUCUACUUUGAUUGUUUUAAGAGAAUGGCUUCAAUAAAUAUAAUUGUGAUAUUUUUAUACUGUGCCUUAAUUAAAAUUUAUAAAUACCUGUAUAUGUUCCAAAUAAAUGAUGCAAACUAUCAA